ACCAACCAUAUCCUCCGAUCCAUACCUCGUGGUUUUUACAAGAUGGCGGACAUAGACUUUUAUCAGGAUGAUGCGGAUGAAAACCAAGACGAUGGAUAUGGAUUUGAUGAUGGAUAUGGGGAUGAAGAUGAUAGUCUUGGUCCACUCCAAAGACUUGAGAAAUAUCUAGAAAGUGAUAACAUUUUUAACAGACAAAUGGUUGCCCGAGGAUUAUUGGAUACCUUGAGGACUGUAGGUGACAAUGAAGAUGAUUGCAAAUCGGUAUUAAUGGCAAUGACAAAACUUUCAGAGGAUUCAGAACCUUCAGUAAGGUCUGAAUUGAUGGAACAAGUUCCCCAUGUGACAGCUUAUUGUAGAGAAAGUAGUCCACGUUUCCAAUCAGCUGUUCCUACAUUUAUUCUUCCUAUGGUGGUGAAAUAUCUCAAUGAUAGCAAUAAUCAGGUACGAAAAACCAGUCAAGCGGCAUUGUUAGUUUUACUUGAGCAAGAAUUGGUCGAUAAAGGUGAUGUUGAAGAACAGGUUGUACAUGUGAUAUUAGAAUUGGCGUGUCCCGAAAGUCUUGAUGAUCAUAGAACAGAAGCUGUUGCUUUAAUGAGUAAAAUGGCUCCAUUACUGGGUAAAGAUAUAACUGAAAGACUUUUCCUACCAAGAUAUUGUGAAAUGUGUACAGAUCCUGUCUUUAAUGUCCGAAAGGUAUGUGCAACUAAUUUUGGUGAACUCUGCUCUGUUGUUGGUUCAGAUAACUCAGAAAAGUUUUUGCUACCAAAAUUUUAUUACUUGUGUGAAGAUGGGGUGUGGGGAGCAAGAAAAGCAUGUGCAGAAUGUUUUAUGACUGUAUCAUGUGCAUGUGCUCCAGAAGUUCGGCGGUUAGAAUUAGCCAGUGUAUUUGUUAAUUUACUGUGUGAUCAAUCCAGAUGGGUGAGAAUGGCAGCAUUUCAACAACUGGGACCAUUUAUAUCAACUUUUGCUGAUCCAAAUACCACUGGAUUAUAUGUUAACGAAGAAGGUCAUAUAUAUUUUCGCAAUAUUUAUGAUCAGAAGGAUGACAAGUUGGUUUAUCUUUCUAACAGUGAGGUAGAAGAAGAAUUAGUGACAGAUCUUCAAGAGAAAUUACAGACUGAAGACAAGAAAAAGCAACAAGUUGAAGAUAGUGAUCAUGGUGUUAAUAUAGAAAGUAAAAUUUAUAAAAUAGAAAAUAUGGAAAUAAUAGAUUAUGAUAAAAAAGAGUCACUUGCCGAGUGUAGCCUGCAGUCAUUUGAGGAACAGCGUUUAGAAGAAUAUACUAAACAAUCAAAAGUCAAUAGUAUGACAUAUAAAGGUGAUGAAGGUGAAAAUAGUGAUAUAUGUAGAGAAACUAAUCCGGAUACUUUUUCAGUUUUUGAUGAUAAAUGUUUAAAUGAAAACAAUUCACAAUACGAACCAGUGCAUAUACAUUUAGAUAAUUUAGAGUCUUUUAAUUCUUUUCAAUUUUGGCGAUCGCCAUUACCAGAAGUAGAUGUAGAUUUCGAUUUAGUUAAUGGGACACCAACUAAUAUACAUGUAUCGGCUCGAGUUAAAGAUGAAGAAAACCAUAAAGUUUAUUCAUCACAAAUGAAUGUAUUUAUAUCGGAAAAAGGCGUUACUAAAGAAGAAUGUGUAAGUGUAUCAGAUGAUUCUAGUUUAUGUUCAGAUGAAGGUGUUAAAAUACAUAUGGCUAGUGUUAGUACUGUAGGAGAAUCGAGUGAAACUGUUGAUAAUAUUGGUAGUACACAUGUUAUUGGACAACAAAUCAAUGAAUCGACAUUAGCAGUAAUGGAUGGUGUAGUACAAGAUGUUGGUAUUGGUAACAGCAGCAUAGGAUUUAUCGAUAGUGAUUUAUCUCACUCACCCAGAGGAAGCAUAUUGUCAGAACAUAGUCAUAUAGAUGAUGCUACUCUUGCCCAACAACAGGAUAUUGUUCCCCAGAGCUUGCUAGAAAAUUAUCUUGGUAUGGUAGAUCCAUCUCGAGCCCAAACAGUUGAUACUGAAAUAACACGACAUUGUGCCUAUAAUUUACCAGCUGUAGCUUAUACAUUGGGUAGAAAUAACUGGCAUGUUAUUAGAAAUUUAUACGAGAUUUUAACACAAGAUGUGCAGUGGAAAGUAAGAAGAACUUUAGCAUUUUCUCUGCAUGAAUUGGCAACAAUACUGGGUGAAGAAAUCACUCAUAGUGAUCUUGUUCCGGUUUUAGAUGGUUUUCUUAAAGAUCUAGAUGAAGUUAGAAUUGGUGUACUGAAACAUUUUGCUGACAUACUUCGUAUAUUAACACCAGAAAUAAGGAGAAGAUAUUUAUGUAGAAUACAAGAAUUUAUGACAACAGACAAUAAUAGAAAUUGGAGAUUUCGAUUGGAAUUAGCGGAACAAUUGAUUUUAGUUUGUGAACUGUUUUCUCCAGCAGAUAUAAGUCAUCAUAUUGUACAGGUAGCCAUAGCUUUGGCAUCGGACAAAGUUUCGGAAGUACGACUUAUAGCUUAUAGAUUGAGUGACGUAACCAUCUUCCAUAUUGGUAUUUUUCUCUGGGAAAAGUUUGUGAUAUUUCAAUUUUAUCAUCGUUGUGAUAAUUAAUUGUGCAAUGGAUUUUAUCGAACGGGAGUUCAUUACAAACACACAGGUAAGUUUAUAAUAACCAAAGUUAAGUAGUUUGUUCAUAAUCGAAGAAAUCCGUUUAAAAUUUACCAAGACUCAGACAGUAGUCUUGAAAAUGUGGAUAAUCUUUGUGUCAAUAUCCAAAAUGGCAGAAUGAUUCGCAGUUACUGCGAAUCAAAAACGUUGAAUUUUAAUUUUUGAUUAGCAAUAGACAAAAUAUUUAUCGCAAACUGCGCUGCGAUACUGGUUGUCGACAGCCCUGCUUGCGAUGCCGCCUCCUCUCCCUGGACCAAGAUUUUGUAACACCACAGGACCCACUCUCUGGUUCAGGCCGAUUCCACCCCAAACCAUUAUGCUUGGACCUCCCCAUGAGUUUCGUUCCAUGAAACAUUGGUCAGAAUAAAGCUGGCCACGUCGACGCCAUAUUCUGGUCCUGCAUCUGCAGUUGAUACGCAAUACUGACUCUAAACUGUGAACAGAAUCGUUAUCCAUUGCCUGUGUCGCCAGUUCUAGUGUAGCUGGGCAAAGUGUAGACGUUCACAUUGAUGGCGAAGGGUGAGGAUUGGUCCACGGUAAGGUCUACGGCAAUGGAUGUUGUCUCUGGUGAGACGUCAGCACACUGUAUCGGUACUGAUGGGUCUUCCGUGUGUUCCCACUGUCUGACAUGCUGUCUCAAAUGCCUGUGUGGAGGGAUUGCUGAAGCCUGUAGAUGGUCCGAACAUUGACUUGGAAGUGAUUGGCAACGGCUUGGGCAAUGUGUCCAGCGUCAUGUCUUCCAUAUGCCUGGUUCCUCUGAGCUGUAUGGGGGUUGGAUGACCAAAUGGUUAGCAUGUGCGUGCUUUAUCAUAAGGCCCGUCAUCGAGUCAACUGGCGUGGUUUCAAAUCCACAGUUGUACGUGACAAGAAGUAUGGUCACCUGUCCAACCUCAUGGGUUUUCUCUGGGUCCUCCGGUUUCCUCCCACUGCUAAAUUAAACUAUGUUAGUCCCGGUGAACAGCACGUGCAGCAUGUGUUACAUGAAAAUCAUGGAGAACACAUUACCAUCUCAAAAGUCAGGUUGCGUGUUUGAGAACAUUUCCUGGGUUCAAUUUUGUGUUUGGAAAGAAGCCUUAUUGCUCAGGUAAGGUUGGAGAUGUGGUCACAAAUACACAAUAAAAGCAUUUGGCAAGUUUUAUUCAAUGCGUCUAUUCAGAGUAACAUACAAACCUGAAGUUUCUUUUGCUGCAUAGUAUAUUAAACGUUAGCAUGGGGCAGAACUAAAAGCCAAACAAUUACUAAUGAUUUUCUGAUAAAUACUGUUUCAUUACCGACAAUAGAAAAAAUAUGCAACAACUCUUGUUGACAGCUCGGACAACUUAGCUGCUGUAGGCAUAUGUUUCGUUGCCUGCCAACCUAUCUUUGGUUUUUAUACGCCCACAUUGAAAUGUGGUCGUAUAUUGUCGUCGCCGCUGCCGUGGCGUCCACAAUUGCUUGUGACACUCUAGAGGCUAAAGUUAAUAUUUGAUUGACUUUAAAUUUAGACUCAAUAUUUAAGGUCAUGACCCUUGAUCAUUGAAAAUUUUGUGGACGCUGUAGGCUAAAAUUAAUAUCCAAAUGACAGUAAAUUUAUUCACAGUGUUUAAGGUCAUGAGACAAAAAUAGCCUAUUGAUUUUCAACGAUUUCCGAUAAUUACAUGACUUUAAAUUUAUAUGCACUGUUUGUUUAAGGUCAUGAGAGGAAGAAUCCUAUUAAUUUUCAUUGAUUAAUGAUAGUUACUACCUUGAUCUCCUUGAAAUAUCUUGUUGACGCUCUAAUGGCUAAAGUUUAUAUCUGACUUUAGAUUGAUACAGUGUUUUAGGCCUUAUGAUUUGCGAUAAUUACUGCCAGAGUUAAGGCCCUUGAUUGCUUUAAUAUAUCUUGUUAAUGCUCAAAUGGCUAAAGUUGAUAUCAGAUUGACUUUAAAUUUAUACGCACAGUUGAAGGUCAUGAAACGAAGAAGCCUAUUGAUUUUCAACUAUUUUCGAUAAUUAUUGCCAUAGUUAUAGCCCUUGAUCUCUUGAGGCUGAAGUUAAUAUCUGAUGGACUAACUUAUACACAGUGUUUAAGGUCGUGAGACAAACAAUAGAACUAAAUUCAAAUGUUUUCUGAUAAUUACUUCAUGGGUUAUUAUUCCUAAUCAAAUUUUCAUGUGUUGUAAAUGUUCUCAUUACUGACAAAAGAACAAAUAUGCGACCACACUUUUUGACUGCCCGGAUGACUGCUGUGGGCGUAUGUUUUGUUGCCUGGCAAUCUAUCUUUUUUACAGUUGAGUUUUAUUCUACAAAAAUUGUAUAAAGAUGGAGAAGAAAAUUUAACAUUGUCUUUGGUGAACGAUGUUAUUGACAAGUUUGCUAUGAACAGAAAAUGGAUUGGUAGGCAGGUCUUUGCACAAGUAUGCCUUUGCAUAAUGGAAGA